GGCACUUCGUCUGACCACACCGCUCGCCUCAUUAUCUCUUCGCCAGCUCUGGCCAUGUUCUCUCCAUAUUUCUGCGUUGGGAGUUGUGAGGGAAUACAAGCACACGUUGCUAGCUGCUGCCCUCAAAUUUUUCUGGUAUUUUCUUGUUCAUUGAACACCGAGAUAUAUGGAAUUCUUGUGCAAAACUAUAGCCGCGCUACCCGCCAAUCGCCACGCUAUUGUCACCCUUCCUGGCUGCAAUGGGUGGUAUCCUCACGACUAUUUAGCUGAGAGCUUUCUAUCCCCCUGGACUCCACUCUAGCACUUCCUCCAGUCGCAUCUUGACUCGCCGCAAUCAGCGCAAGUUAUCACCCUCAAGUAGCAGCCAAGCAACUUUUUAAAGUCAUCUCUCUUUCACUCAAACUCGCAUCUACUCCAAUGCCUUUCUCCAAGUCACAUUCGGAAACCCAACGCCCAGCUGCCCUUGGUGGCUUUGACGCACACGUGCAGCGCGUGCGGGAACAGCGUGAGCGUGAACGCGCCGCCGCUCUCGCUGAAGUCUUCCCCGGCCUCAUCAUGGCCCCUGCGUCGCCUCUCCCUCCGCAAGUGAAGGUAGUUGGUCUCUCUCCUUAUAACAACAACAACAACAACAAAAGUGCGAGCACUACACCCCACCCUGCUGCUUCUUCUCUGGACUCACGCUCAACCCACGAUAAGUUCCGAUUCGUCGCUGAAGCUUCAUCUUCGGAUGAGGAGGAGGACGAAGACUUUCCCCGGUUAGCGUCUCCGAGGAAAGAGAAGAAGAGCAAGGGCCAGAAGGAACCCAACACCUUGUCAAGGAUGUUAUUCCGAUUUGGAUUCCUAAUGCCCGUGUUCUGGCUUCUCGGUGCAUUAAUCCUCGUCCUUCCUCUUAAACACCAUCCACUUCCUCGCGCCAACUCCAUAUCCCUCCCCAUCGAAGAGGCUCCGACGUCCGAAGAUAUCGAAGCGCACCUGAAUCGUAUUCGACGAGCGGAACUAAAAUGGGCUUGGCGCUCGCUCUAUGCCCUUGUUGUCGUGGUUGUGACAUUGCUCUUUGUCAUAUGCGUCUGGCUUGGUCUGAGCGGGCGCUGGAAUGGGUUCUGAUGUUAUGCGCUUUUUUUCUUUCUUUCUUGCAUCAUUUGGAGUGCGUAGCCCCCCACAGCCCACCCCUCCAACUUAUCUUUAUUCAGCAUCGUAAAGUUAUUAUCGUCGAUCAACCAUAUUGUACAACUUUGAACUUGAUUGUCGAAGCCUACGCUGUAUACAUCAUGUCGUUCGCUGCUCGCUUUCAUUGUUAUAUAUACCUUGCCGUAUGGCAACACACUCUCCUUAACAGUUUUCUUUUGUGUUACCUGACAUAAUAUACGCCUGAUAUGCGCAGC